AUGGGUUUCACCGAACGGGCCUUUGACUACUUUGCCAAGCUGACAAAGAGUAUUCUGAAGCAGCGACGGGAGUCUAGCGGGAAGAGGGGCGAUUUAGUGCAGCUGCUAAUGGACGCCUACGUCUACGAAAAUGAUCUGAAGAAUGCCUCUUAUGAAAAUUUGACCGCCAAUACAGAGCAAGAAGAAUCAACCGAAGAAGCACUCAAGGGAGUUACAGGGCAGAGCUCUAAUAAGGUCAAGCGCACACUAACUGAAAACGAACUCAUCAGUCAGCUGAUUGUCUUCUUUGUUGCAGGUUUUGAGACUACCAGCUCUACUAUCACCAACUGCAUCUUUGAAUUGGUUUCCAACCCUUCCGUUCAAGAGCGCCUACACCAGGAGCUGACUACCUCACUGGCCGGAAUUGACCCUGAAUCGGAGCAGUACUACGACGUGGUGAUGGGCCAGAUACCGUACUUGGAUGCCGUGGUAAAGGAGACACUGCGAAAGUAUCCAGCUCUGGUUCGCUUUGAUCGCACCAACAAGAUUGAUGGAUACAAACUGGGCAACCUGACGCUGGAUGCCGGCGUGCUGGUAGAGUGCAGUCCUU